GUGGCAACACUGGCAGAACUUUUGUUAUUGUUUUCGUUAAUUGUUGUUAAAUGAAUUCGUCCUACAAUGGAAACGGACGCCAAUAUUGCGGACAUGUCAGACGUCUCGUUUGCUGAAUUCGAAACGAAAACCGGCGACGGAAAUGCCAAUUUUGAUAAUUAUGGCCAAUGUCAGGCUAAACACGAUAUGGCUAUGACUCUCGACCUGUCCUUGGGCCAGAAGGCUGAGCAACUGUUUGCCACUGACCAAACUCCAACGCCGACGCGGCUGAUUAAAAACUGUGAGGAAGUUGGCCUAUUCGAUGAUCUGCAGCAUGUGAAUCCCUUCGAUAUUGGUUUCCAACGGGCUGCCGAACAAAAUGCCGUUGCAGGCAAAGCCCUGCCAGCGACGCCAACCUGUGCAGAAGCACCAGCUACGGAUGGUGACUCGCUGCACACACCGCAGGUGUAUCCGUUGGAGACGGCAACAGCUGCUCCGGUUGCUAGCCAGAACAGCAGUCCAUUGGAUGUGCCCGUGACGCAUGUGGAAGAGCUGCUGCAGGCAACAACGACACCUGCAACUGUGCCCGGGCCCGUGCCCGCAACGGUGGAAAAUCCACCGCCGCUGCAGCUAAUACAGCCGCCACUUAUCACAUGGGUGCUGCCAGCGCAAGCAUUAUCUAUAAACGCAAUACCUGCUAGCGUCAGCAAACCCUUGCCCGAACAGACUGUGCGUCCUUUUAUAUUGCCCAAGCCCAACGUGGCUGGAAAUAGCAAGGCAUCCACUGGGAUUGUGGUACACAACACACAGCCCGCCCAUGAGCCGAGCAGCGCUAGUCUUACGCCCACAUCACAGCUGCCCAUUAAGGAACGCCUCAAGGCCAUACUCAAUAACAGCAACAACAACCGAGAGAAGCGCAGCAGCAGCUUUUCGACGCCAGCGCCCAAGGUAAAGGCAGCGAUCAAGCGGAACGAGGAUUCCAUGGAACGACGACGUGCCGCGGCCAGCCGCUAUCGCCACAAGAUGCGCAAUGAGCACAAGGAAAUAAAGGAUCACAAUGCACAGCUACAGCAAGAGAUACGCAAGUUGCGUGAGCGCAUCAAGACUCUAGAGCUGCAGCUCCAACAGCAAAACAACAACAACAACAAUGCGGGUGCAGUCGUGGGCAACCAGAUACAAAUACCCCCAUCGAGCAUACACCUGGUAAUAAAUGUGCCUAAGAUGAUAGUGCCUUCGUCCACAUCAAAUCUGAUGCUAGAUCAAAAGUAAUUAGCCUUAGCGUAGAUGUAAAUAACAGAAUAUGUACAUAAGUCUAUA